AUGUCUUAUUGCUAUAUUUUUACUAAUGUAUUUACUGCGGAGGGAUAUAAACGAUUAUUUCAAACUUUAUUUCAAGUAAUUAAAGAAAUUACAGGCGAAUUUGUCAAAUUUUAUCAUAUUCAUAAUGAGGGAUGGGCUUGUAUUUUAGCUGUUUUGGAUCUUGCUCAAGCGAAAGGAUUAGGAUUAGCUAUAGAGAAACUUGAUAAUUCGAAAGAUUGGAAUACACAUCUUUUAUAUAUUUUUAAAUC